UUCCUUCCAUUUGGAGCACAACUGAACUCAGGACAAUAACAUUUCUUUUUUAAAAAGCCAGAAACGUGGAUUUGUAAACUGAAGUACUGCAUUUUACCUGUUGCACAAGAUGGGUGACUGGGGCUUCCUGGAGAAGUUACUGGACCAGGUACAGGAGCAUUCGACGGUCAUUGGCAAGAUCUGGCUCACGGUGCUCUUCAUCUUCCGUAUCUUGAUCCUGGGCCUGGCCGGGGAGUCCGUGUGGGGGGACGAGCAGUCGGACUUCGUGUGCAACACCAAGUCGCCCGGCUGCCCCAACGUUUGCUAUGACCAGGCCUUCCCCAUUUCUCACAUCCGCUACUGGGUGCUGCAGUUCCUCUUUGUCAGCACGCCCACCUUGGUCUACCUGGGGCAUGUCAUCUACCUCUCCCGGCGGGAGGAGAAGCUGAAGGAACGGGAGAGAGAGCUCCGGACUCUCCAGUCCAAGGAUUACAAGGCGGCAGCCAUGCUGAUGGCCGUGGAGAAGAAGAUUGCCAAGAUCUGUGUGGCGGAGGAUGGGAGGAUAAAAAUCCAGGGAUCUCUGAUGUGGACCUACAUCAUUAGCGUGCUCUUCAAGUCCAUCUUUGAGGCUGCCUUCCUCCUCGGCCAGUGGUACCUGUAUGGUUUUGUUAUGAACUCACGCUAUGUGUGCGAAGGGUACCCGUGCACCCAUCAGGUGGACUGCUUUAUGUCCCGCCCCACUGAGAAAACCAUCUUCAUCCUCUUCAUGCUGGUGGUAGGCUUGAUUUCCCUCCUCCUCAACAUUUUGGAGCUCUUCCACCUCUGUUGCAAGGGCCUGCUCCACAGUAUGAAGGAAGGUGACUGCUGUUCCCCCUCCUCGGCUCCCCCUCUGCCCUGUGAGGCCAACGGCUACCCUAACAAGCUUUGUGAAAUGCCUGCCGGGCCUUAUCCGGACAAGUCCUACUUCUAUCUCCCUGUGGCCGACAGGCAUUCUCCACCCUACCAUGCUUACAACAAGCUUUCCAGCGAGCAGAACUGGGCCAACUUCAACACCGAGGAAACCUUGGCCUUGCAAGACCGGAAUAAGCCCCCUGACGUCUUUGCCACGGGAGCCCCCAAAGUCCAUCUGUCUCAGGAAAGGCAGUCCAGUCGGCCUAGCAGCAGCGCUUCCAAAAAACAGUAUGUCUAAGCCAACGGGCAAUCAAAUGCAAGCCGGAUGUUGACUUGCUUGAUGGCGACUGAAGGUUAUCAAGCCAGGAUUCUUUGAUGGGAGUCUUUUGGCCACUGAUUGCUGAACUCUGGUUGGUUACCACUGGAGGAAGAGGCAAUGCCUCAGUGCUCUCCAUAGUAGUGCCUUGUUUUGACCAUGUUAUCCUACUGUAUAGGUGGACACAUGGCUUCCAUGUGGACACAGCCUGAACUUGACAGUUAGUCAAGCAUGAGAAAAAGUGGCAUGGAGCAACUUACCCCAAGCCACAAAGUGGUGAAUUAAUGGGCAUUUGAUAAUCACUCAGGUGGGGUGCCACAUGUGGACUCCUGGAACUUUGUUGUUUGGUCUCUGUUAUCUAUGCUUUUCAAGAAAGAUAACAGGUGGCAGCAACCUGUAGAUAGGUUGAGGGGGCUGUAGGAAAAGCCUCUGCCAGUUCAAGGCUAUACAGGCAUUGGCCUCAAUUAUUGGAAGAUAACUUGUACGUUGGUGGGGAAAACACAGAGGCAAGGGGGGUGUUUUUCCCCCAAGAAGGAAGGGAAAGAGCGAGCCCUGGUGCAUCUUCUAUUUAUGGAUGGCCAUGUGAAUUGGGGGUGGGGUAUAAGUCAACUUAAACUCUCUCCUUUUCUUUCUUUUUUUACCCACUGAUUUACAGGAAGUCUGAGCAACUUAGCAAUAGAAAACUACAAACCAUAUAUAGUGGCCUAUUUGACUGGGGCGAGGGGGACACAUCUAAAAACAGAUUUCCUGUUCCAAGCAGGCAUUUGAUGCAAUAUCAGCUACUGCUGAAGUAAGCUGAUUAAGCAUACAUCCUCAUAUAAAUAUAGACGCAAGUCCGUUUGCUAUGGUUCAACACUGUUGAGUUAUUUCUUGCAUGUCUCAUCAUUGGCUGUUGGCCCUGGAGCUGGCGUGCCACAUCACAGAAUGGGAAAGCACAGUUUUUGUCUUCACUGCCCUGUGCAUGGAUCUCUUGGGGCUAUGUUCCCUCUGACACGGUCACAGUUGGUGAACCUCCAGCACAUGGUCGGGAAAGGGCUCUUGCCUCUGGUCUGAUCUUCAACCUGAUGUGUGUACGCAUCAAAGAUGCGCAGUGGAAGAACUUCACUGUCCCAUCUCAGCUUGCUUUGGUCCCCCUCCCCCUCCAUUCAAUUUAUGGGUCUCAGAUGCUUUCCCCCAGAAGCUUAUUUGGGUUUACAUUUUUUUAAAGAAGUCAUCAGAACUUGUAUCCUGACUGAUUUCAGAGGACACUCACUGGAAGCAGUUUAUAGCUUACUGAGCUAUCAAGGAGUGGAAGAACACCUCUGACCCAUAGACAUUCCCAUGUGCAACAUUUUCCUGAUACAGGAUAAAUAGCCCUGUUAGGUGCCAUGUUUCCCAACAACACCCCCAUGCCACCUCUUCUUACUUCAGAACUAUGCCGUAAAGCACAGUUUACUGCAUGUUUGAGAUCAGUGUUUAUGUAUAUAUGUAUCUUUAUGGAUGGAUGUACUGGCCUGCGUAUCUCUAUACUGGAUUCCUUUCAUCCAUUAAUUUAUUGUCAUUCUAAGGUGUAUGGUCAGCAAGUUGGAUCUUCUGGGUUUGUUCUUGAGAUGGCCUGUUAAAAUAGUCAUCUUUCCUGGGUGGGAGUGGAAAGUUAAUGUGAAACUCGGCCCUCUUGGUUCUUGAAUAGCAGACUGAGCCUUUUGGAAGGAGGCUUCUGCCUAUUUCUGGAUUAAAUCAAAGCGGAUGUUGUUUUGUUGUAAAACAUUCAUAUCUGUAGCAGCAAAGGUGCUCAAAAACCUCUCAUGGUGGGAGAAAAGCUUGUGGUUGAUAUAAAAAUGGGCUAGCUCCCCUUUUAUGUAGCAUCAAAUAUCCAGGAUCAAGAGGAAACUGAUAGCAAGAAAACUCUUUUGGCAAGCUGCUUUUUCCUCGGUCCCCAGUGAACUGUUCUCGAUGACAAAGCUGUGAAAAGAAGAUCUCUGUUUAUAAAAUCUUCCUGUCUGUUUG